ACAAUCCUAUUCGCAAAGCUGAACGAAAACAACUGCAAGUGUCGCAGCGCAGCAGCAGCAGCAAGUAGCUCUCGAGAAAAAACUUUUCAUACAUUCGUAUUGAUUUUAGUGCAUUCUCGUUGUGUGAUUAACCAAAACCCAAAAAAAAGCAGAAAGCUAAGUGUUGUAAAUCCGAAUUGGCUGCGAGGCAACUCCAGCAAUUGUUGCUCCAAAAAGGGGCCCCUUAAGUGUUUCCACAUCGUGCCUAUGUAUGUGUGUCCGUGAGUGAGUGUGAGUGUGUGUGGAGCAGCAAAAAUGGCCAGCGAAUGUUUCACAGCUGCAUAAACAUGAUGAACUCAAGUUAGUCGCAACUAAGAUAAGCAUCUGUUUUUGGGUGCAAGAUAUAUAUAUAAUACAUAUAACGCAUAUUACUCGUGGCUGAUUUUUAGGGCGCGGCGUCAGCUGCUCCUCAGCAGAGUAGUUUGUGUCUGAGAGUGUGUGUGUGCGUGCGUGUAAACAAAACAAAAAUUCAAAAAGUGGAGCGAAGAGGGGCAACAACAACUAGCACAAUGGCCAGUCGCAGUCGCGCUAUACUAAAUGUUAAUCUCGAUACGGUCAUGGCCAACGAUCCGUUGCGUGAGCUGUUCGAGGCCUGUAAAACAGGUGAAAUAGCCAAAGUGAAGAAGCUGAUAACGCCACAAACGGUUAAUGCUCGCGACACAGCAGGGCGCAAAUCGACGCCAUUGCACUUUGCAGCGGGUUAUGGACGUCGCGAGGUGGUCGAGUUUCUGUUGAACAGCGGCGCCUCGAUACAGGCCUGCGAUGAAGGUGGACUGCAUCCGCUGCACAACUGCUGCUCAUUUGGCCAUGCCGAGGUUGUGCGUCUGCUGCUCAAGGCCGGAGCCAGUCCGAAUACCACCGACAACUGGAACUACACGCCGCUCCAUGAGGCGGCCAGCAAGGGUAAAGUCGAUGUUUGCCUCGCGCUGCUGCAGCAUGGCGCCAAUCACACCAUUCGCAACUCGGAGCAGAAGACGCCACUGGAGCUGGCUGACGAUGCCACACGUCCCGUGCUAACCGGGGAGUAUCGCAAGGAUGAGUUGCUCGAGGCUGCUCGUUCGGGUGCCGAGGAUCGUCUGCUGGCGCUGCUCACACCUCUCAAUGUCAAUUGUCAUGCUAGCGACGGACGUCGCUCGACUCCGCUGCACUUGGCUGCGGGCUACAAUCGCAUCGGCAUCGUGGAAAUACUGCUGGCCAAUGGCGCCGAUGUGCAUGCCAAGGAUAAGGGCGGCUUGGUGCCGUUGCACAAUGCCUGUUCGUAUGGACACUUUGAUGUUACCAAGCUGCUGAUACAGGCGGGUGCCAAUGUCAAUGCCAAUGAUCUGUGGGCCUUUACGCCGCUGCACGAGGCUGCCUCGAAGAGUCGAGUUGAGGUGUGUAGUCUGCUGCUGAGUCGCGGUGCUGAUCCCACGCUCCUCAACUGCCACAACAAGUCGGCCAUCGAUGCGGCACCAACGCGAGAGCUGCGCGAACGCAUUGCCUUUGAGUACAAGGGACACUGCUUGCUGGACGCUUGUCGAAAGUGCGAUUUGUCGCGUGCGAAGAAGCUCAUCUGUGCCGAAAUAGUUAACUUUGUGCAUCCGUAUACGGGUGACACUCCGCUGCAUUUAGCCGUCGUCUGUCAGGAUGCCAAACGCAAGCAGCUGGUCGAGCUGCUGACACGCAAGGGAGCGCUGCUCAACGAGAAGAACAAGGCGUUCCUUACGCCCCUCCACUUGGCAGCCGAGCUGUUGAACUAUGAUGCAAUGGAGGCGUUGCUUAAGCAGGGCGCCAAGGUCAAUGCCUUGGACAGUCUUGGCCAAACAGCACUGCAUCGUUGUGCACGCGACGAGCAGGCGGUGAGAUUGUUGCUCUCCUAUGCUGUGGACAGCAAUAUUAUCUCGCUGGAAGGCCUGACAGCCGCACAGCUGGCCUCCGAUAAUGUGCUAAAGCUGCUGAAGAAUCCACCAGACAGCGAGACACAUCUGCUGGAGGCAGCCAAGGCCGGAGAUUUGGAUGCAGUGCGACGCAUAGUGCUUAACAAUCCACAUACAGUCAAUUGUCGUGAUCUGGAUGGACGCCAUUCGACGCCGUUGCACUUUGCUGCUGGCUUUAAUCGUGUGCCUGUCGUUCAAUUUCUGCUGGAACAUGGCGCUGAGGUUUACGCCGCAGAUAAGGGCGGUUUAGUGCCGUUGCACAAUGCCUGCUCGUAUGGACAUUAUGAGGUAACCGAGCUGCUCGUCAAGCAUGGCGCCAAUGUUAACGUAUCCGAUUUGUGGAAGUUUACGCCGCUGCAUGAGGCAGCUGCCAAGGGAAAGUACGACAUAUGCAAGCUGCUGCUGAAGCAUGGCGCUGAUCCCAUGAAGAAGAAUCGUGAUGGUGCCACACCGGCGGAUCUUGUCAAGGAUUCGGAUCACGAUGUUGCCGAGCUGCUACGUGGUCCAUCGGCACUGCUGGAUGCCGCCAAGAAGGGCAACUUGGCGCGUGUGCAACGUCUGGUGACGCCAGAGACGAUCAAUUGCCGGGAUUUGAAUGGACGCAAUUCGACGCCACUGCAUUUGGCCGCCGGCUACAAUAACUUUGAGUGUGCCGAGUAUUUGCUGGAGAAUGGCGCCGAUGUCAAUGCUCAGGAUAAGGGUGGCCUAAUUCCGUUGCACAAUGCCAGCUCCUAUGGACACUUGGAUAUUGCGGCGCUGCUGAUCAAGCACAAGACCGUGGUGAAUGCCACCGAUAAAUGGGGCUUUACGCCAUUGCAUGAAGCUGCGCAAAAGGGACGCACACAGCUCUGUUCGCUGCUCUUGGCCCACGGUGCGGAUGCUUAUAUGAAGAAUCAGGAGGGUCAAACACCCAUUGAGCUGGCCACAGCGGAUGAUGUGAAAUGCCUGCUGCAGGAUGCGAUGGCCACGUCGCUGAGCCAACAGGCGCUUCGUGCUUCCACGCAAUCCUUGAGCAGCACUUCGCCAGCACCAGAUGCCGCCUGCAGUGCUGCAGCUGCAACAGCAACAUGUUCAUCGACAUCAGCUGCAGCUGCCGCAGCAUCAGCCUCGAUGCUCUCACCCACCACGGAGACGGUGCUGCUGCCGUCGGGUGCUUCCAUGACGCUUAGUGUACCAGUGCCACUGCCACUGAACAGUUGCGCCACUCGUAUCAGUCCUGCGCAAGGCGCAGAGGCUCAUGGCGCUGAGAAUUCGGGCAGCGAGGAUCUGCUCUCCGAUCCGGAGUCCAUUACAAAUGUCUCUGGUUUCUUGAGCAGCCAGCAGUUGCAUCAUUUGAUUGAGCUGUUCGAGCGGGAGCAGAUCACACUGGACAUACUGGCCGAGAUGGGUCACGAUGAUCUCAAGCAGGUGGGCGUGUCCGCCUACGGUUUUCGACACAAGAUACUCAAGGGCAUUGCCCAGCUGCGCGCAACGACAGGCAUUGGCAACAAUGUGAAUUUGUGCACGUUGCUCGUCGAUCUGCUGCCGGAUGACAAAGAGUUUGUGGCUGUCGAGGAGGAAAUGCAGGCAACAAUACGCGAGCAUCGUGACAAUGGACAAGCGGGUGGCUAUUUUACACGCUACAACGUAGUGCGGGUACAAAAGGUACAGAAUCGCAAAUUGUGGGAGCGGUAUGCUCAUCGCCGCCAGGAGAUUGCCGAGGAGAACUUCUUGCAGUCAAAUGAGCGCAUGCUUUUCCAUGGCAGCCCCUUCAUCAAUGCGAUUGUGCAGCGUGGAUUUGACGAGCGUCACGCCUACAUUGGCGGCAUGUUUGGUGCGGGCAUUUACUUCGCUGAGCACAGCUCCAAGAGUAAUCAGUAUGUGUAUGGAAUUGGCGGUGGCAUCGGUUGUCCAUCGCACAAGGAUAAGUCAUGCUAUGCUUGCCCCAGGCAAUUGCUGUUGUGCCGGGUUGCACUGGGUAAAUCGUUUUUGCAGUAUAGCGCCAUGAAGAUGGCUCAUGCGCCGCCCGGGCAUCAUUCAGUCAUUGGACGCCCUUCGGCAGGCGGUCUGCACUUUGCUGAAUACGUUGUCUAUCGGGGUGAACAGUCUUAUCCAGAGUACUUGAUAACCUACCAAAUUGUCAAGCCCGAUGACAGUAAUAGCGGUGCGGAGGAAACAAGAUGAUGGAUGCCCUCUGUUGGCUCGACGCCUACAACGACAUCGCCAGCACCGCAACCACAACAACAGACCUCAGCUCCAGCGCCGGCUAUAGCUCCAGCUCCAGCUCUGGUUCCAGCUCUAUCUCCGAAUCCAGUUCCAGUUUCAGUUCCAGCCACAGUCACAGCCACAGCUCCAAUUGCCAAGAGGCGGCAUCGGCACGCCAAAACGAACCAGCAACAACAACACCAAUACCAACAACAACCACAGCAGCGGCAACAUCAGCCUCAACAGCUGCCAUUGCAGUUGCAAUAUCAACAUUAUAAGCCGCAGCAAUCGACGCCGAUGGUGACCACGACACAGCCAACACCAGCGGGCGUCUUUACGCACAACAACAACAACCAUAGCUAUAAUAGCAUUAGUAAUAACAAUAAUAGCAACAGCAGCAAUAAUAACAGUAACAACAACAAUGAUAUGUCACCAAUAUCGAAUAGCAAUAGCUACUCAUCGGUGGACACAAAUCAAACGCUGCUCAAUUCAAUUGCCAAUCAACGUGGUGGCGGCGGCGGCGGCGGUGGAGGUGGAGGUGGCGGUAACCAACGUCUAAAUCAUCAUCAGAGCCGCAAAUACAGUCAAUUUAUGAUCAUAACGCCCGCCGUUUCGAUUGAUCGUGACUUUGAGUAUGAAUCGCAUUUGGAUUUUGAGGACUUUGCCAAUGCGGCGCACAACAAUGGCAAUCUCUUUCGCCUAGGACUGCGCCGAAGUGGCAGCAGUAGUGACGACAGCGGACACAGCAGCGACAGCAGCUUUAGAUCUAAUUACAAUCCCUAUUUACAUCACAGUCGCCAGCAUUUGCUGUCCAACAACAAAGGCAACAACAACAGCAGCAACGCUCGUCGCUUCUACACGUUCUCAUCGUGGCGCUGGUGCACGUUGCUUUGUGCGGCAAUGCGAUGCUUUGGUGCUGGACAUGGGAAUCAGGCUCCAUAUAGCAGCUCCUUUGUGCAACAUCAUCGCUUGCGUCGUUGCUCAUCGUACAACGGCGAUACCGCCUAUGAUUAUGAGCAUUUUGCGGCACCGUUUAAGGCUCGAAAAACACGCGAUCAUAUGAAUAAUAUUACAUACGAGUUGUGACGGUGGCCGCUUUGCAAAUAUGAACAGCAUUUUGAUCUCUUUGUCGCCGUUGUAUUUGUUGGUCUACUCCUAAAACUUCUGCUCCUUAUUAGACUUUUAUUACAAUUAUUAGCUAUAAAUGUCGUGUACUGUGUGUCGUCGUCAUUGUCGUCGUCGUUUAUUCUAUUAGCAUGUAAGCGAUAUAAAUUGAUCGUCAAAUCAAAAGAGCAGCACAUUUUUUGAGUGAUUUUAAUUCGAAAUACGAGUAAUUAUAUAAUAAUAAUAAUAAUAUUAAUAGCGAUUAUACACAAACGAUUAUACAGACGAGGAAAGUAUAAAUAUGAAAAUGAAAUAAUGCACGCGCGUUUACUUAAGUGUUUAAACUUUAAAGUUAGCUAAUUAAUUUAAAUGACAACAA